AUGGGCUAUAUUCAAGUAGAAAAGAUUGUAGAUGUAUUAGUAGACCCACUCCGACACAGUUUAAGAGACAGAGAUCCUUAUGUGAGAAAGACAGCUGCUACUUGUGUUGCGAAACUGUAUAUGUAUGAUCGUGUGCUUGUGGAGAGUGAACACUUUGUAGAUAUGUUGCGAGAUUUAUUAGCCGACCCUAAUCCUACUGUGGUUGCUAAUGCAGUAGCAGCAUUGACCGAGAUAUCCGAAAGAUCAGACCAUAUUCAAUUACGACUGAAUCAUUCUAUUGCUAGUAAGCUUGUAGCUGCUUUAGGUGAAUGUUCAGAAUGGGGUCAGACAUACAUUUUAGAAGCAUUAAUGUAUUAUGUGCCUCAAGAGACAGGCGAUGCAGAGAUGCUGGCUGAGCGUAUCUCUCCUCGUCUUCAACAUGCUAAUUCAGCUGUUGUCUUGACUGCUACCAAAGUCAUGAUGUACUUGAUGAAUUAUAUGAGCAAUGAAGAAGAAAUCAGUCAAUUAUGUAGAAAGCUAGGUCCUCCUUUAGUGACAUUGUUAGCUUCUGGUUAUGAAGUACAAUAUGUUGCUUUACGUAACAUUCAAUUGAUUAUACAACGUCGUCCUGAAAUCCUCAAGAAUGAUAUCAAGGUCUUUUUCUGUAAAUACGAUGAUCCCAUCUGUGUCAAACUAGGCAAACUUGAGGUCAUCUUUAGACUAGCUAAUGAAAGAAAUGUGGAUAUUGUCUUGAAUGAAUUGAAAGAGUAUGCUGCUGAAGUGGAUGUUGAUUUUGUUCGCAAGUCAGUACGAGCUAUUGGUCGAUUGGCUGUCAAGAUUGAAAGUGCUGCUGAUAAAUGUAUUUCUGCCUUACUAGAAUUGAUUCAGACCAAAGUCAAUUAUGUUGUCCAAGAAGCCAUUAUUGUCAUUAGGGACAUCUUUAGAAAAUACCCUAAUCAAUAUGAAAGUAUUAUUGCCACUCUCUGUGAAAACCUGGAUGAUUUGGAUGAGCCAGAAGCAAAGGCUUCUAUGAUUUGGAUCAUUGGUCAAUAUGCUGAUCGUAUUGAAAAUGCAGACCAAUUGUUGGACGAUUUCUUGUAUACAUUUUUAGAAGAACCUUAUGAAGUUCAAUUGGCCUUGUUGACUGCUACCGUCAAAUUGUUUGUUCAGAGACCAACAGCAGGCCAAGAACUUGUGCCUAAAGUAUUAAAAUGGGCUACAGAAGAAGUCGAUAAUCCUGAUUUACGUGAUCGUGGCUACAUUUAUUGGCGUUUAUUAUCCACAGAUCCUACUGCUGCUAAGGCUGUUGUACUUUCUGAUAAACCUGCUAUCACAACAGAAAGUGAUAAUCUUGAUCCUAAUUUUCUGGAUGAGCUCUUGCUUCAUAUUGGUUCACUUGCUUCUAUCUAUCACAAGAGUCCAACUACGUUUAUUAGUCGAUACAAGCCUCGCCAUUUACUACCCUCUGCUGUCUUGAGACAAUCACCCAAGGCAGCCAGUAAUUAUGUCGAAACAAACCCAGUUUCUUUAAUUCAACAAGAACAACAGCAACAGCAACAGCAACAACAAUUAGCGUCUACGCCUUUCAAUGAUUGGAGCUAUAAUGCAGCUACCAGUACAAACCGUGUUGUUUCUAUUCAGACCAAUAACCCUUAUUCUACUGAUCUACUACAGUAG